AUGCUUCCACCCAGCCUCAUCCUGUGCUUCUUCAUUCUUAUUCAUCUAACUACCUCUUUGCCAUGGUUCCCACCUACUCCCAUUGAAUUAGAGGAUCAACGACUGACCUUUCGAACGGUCAACUUCCCCCAACUGCAGGAGCGUUUACUUGUCCAGUUCAUUAACCAGUUGCGAUCAAAAAGCAAUGGCAACGAUCUUGAUGCCUCUCGCUUGCAGUGGACCGGUGUCACUAUGUUCCGUGAGUCCAACUCUCCCAGAUCCUGGCUGAUUAUCGCCGGAACUUCCUCCAAACUGAACUACACUGGAACUGCCUUUGUAAGUGACUUUGGCACAGUGCUUGGGUGUCAAAUUGAAGUAAACCCUACCAGUCCUGGUGGAUUUGACAUUUCUACCUGUGAGAUCCUCGGUUUAGACACUGGGACGCAAAAAUUCAAUCAUUCCGAUGCUGGACUUUUAGGCAAAGGCCUUCAGAGCUUGCAACUGCCUACCGGUGGAGUUGUUGUUUUUUGUGAUCCUCUUUGGCAUUCUUCUCAAGGCACUCAGUCUCCUGGGGGUAGGUGUAGUGUGCUUGAACGCAUCAACGGCGAUUGGUUGUCGGCUAGUCCUGUGGAAUUCUGCUCCUCUGCUGGUCGUACACAGCCAUGUGCUGGUGGUUUUUCCAUUGACCUUCGGCUCUCCGGAGAUGGUACAAAUGUCCAGCUCCUCACAGGGUUUCCUUUUGCUCAACCUACUGGUCGCGUUCGUACCGUGGAUGGCCUCUUGGGAAUUGGCCAACAGCACAUACGUGACAUUGAAUCAAAAGAGAAGGCAUUUGGAACGUCAGUUGCUUGGUCACCUCAUUUCUCUGGCCAUAGUGACGCAUUAGCCAUCGUGGGUUCCCCCUCAACUGGUGUCCAUGGCUUUCGAGUGAGCAAUUUGGUGGAGAAUUUUGAAACGGAGGAGUUGAGGAUUACUGGAGACACCUUUGGAGGUCUUGGAUUUGCGGUCGAGACGAGUCUUGCCGGCGCCAGCAUGGUUGUUUUCGCGGGCGCCCCUUUUGAAGCGGUGGAGAGAGUGGGUUCAAAUGCAGGACGAGUGUAUGCGCAGUUCAGGAACGCUGAAGGAGUGCACAACUUCACCCUUGAGGGAUCUCGAACCAAUGAGAUGUUCGGCUUUGCCAUAGCUCGGAUAGGUGACGUCGAUGGAGACGGAAUUAGUGAAGUAGCAAUUUCUGCACCAGCAAUCGGUGCGGAGAAUGUCACUGGUCGCGUCUAUAUCCAUCGCGUUUUACCAGAUUUUCGACUUGAAAGUAAUCCUCUUCAGAUACUGGAAGCACCCCUCAACGUAGUCGGUUUCGGCGUGUCGUUGAGCCGAAGCAUCGACAUAGACUCUGACGGUGGACCGGAAAUAGCUGUAACAACUCUCGAUCCUAAGGUGCCCGUUCUGAUCUACUCCCUUCCCCUACGUCUUCGAGCAAAGUGUGCUUUCAGAGCUCAUCCCCUAGUGACCCCAACGUCUAUCCGAAAGGGUGACCUUGUGACACUCAAGAUUACCAUAAAUUUCAUCGACUCUGUCAAUGAUAAACCCUUUCCUGCGUCUGCUAGCUUCCUUAAUCGCCUAGACCAAAUCAACCCUGAUGUCCUCUGGUUGGAACGCUACGAGUACCUCAGCGGUCAGCAAAAUCAAAGCGAUUUCUUGACUGAACUCCUUGUGGGCAGAGAAUCCUCCAAACUGGACCCGAGUCAACCGAGAUUCAGCCUCGAAGAGUUGUCCAGUGCUCGAGUUAGUGAUCUUGGAGUUGUCACUUUGAAGGCUAAGCUUUUGGCUCAAGAGGACGCGAGGCACAUGGACUUGGACAUGGUACCUCUCCACGUGGCUUUUCGCUCGAUUCUUGUAAACCCUCACUGCUAUCAGUAUACCCAGUUGUGUCCAAAGACCGCCCAACCUUCGAUAGACUGGUCAGAUUGUGUCUGGAAGAUGCCUCCACCCACUUACAUUUGUCCUCCGCAUCCCAAGUGUAGUGCUGAUUUGCAGGUCUCUAUAAACGGUGGUGGUAAAUCCCACAUUCCCGUGCAGUUUGGACGUCGGGAGGAUGCCAACCAGACCAUGGUGUUUGUGGUGAGGAACAACGGGCCUACAAAGUCGGAGGGAGUGCGUGUGGUGUUGCGUACAAUCGGUUGGCCGAAGAAUGCCUCUCAGCCGGGAUUUCGCGUCCUCAUUAACAGUGUGCAGUUGAGAGAUGCUGGUACAGGUGCAUUUUUGGCUUCAAAUGAUCGGUCGACGGAUCGGUGGUCGGUUAGUUUGUCGAGCAACGGGGCAGCUGCACUGAUCACUGCCCAGCAGGGAACUAUACUUUAUCCGGAUCAGGAAAUAAUGAUUACUGUGGAUACCUUUCUGGCUGGUUUGGCACCAAAGCGCUACGAAGAAGAGAGUGAGAGAAUGGAGAGCAUGGAGGAGGGUGAAGGCAGGAGUAGACUGUCGAAUCCAGGGCUUCUGGCCAAUAUAUCUGCCGCCGUUGGGGACCCAAGUGGAGAGACAAAUAUUGCCACUGGGAUCUUUGAUGUGGUCUACAAGCCCCAGGUGAGGAUUAACCCUGGUGCUGCACCACCUGCCCUAGUGGACGCACGGAAGGAACCACCACAUCUCAGCGCUGCCACCAAGAUAGUGCUAGGGAAUGAGGUGGGUCCACAACUUGAACACGUAUUUUUGGUGGAGAAUUUCGGAUCGGUGGACCUCCAUGACAUAGCCUUUCAGUUGGACAUCCCUAUCCGCACGGAUGAGGGAGACACGCUCCUUUACCUGGCGGACAAGGCCCGACUGCUGGACGACAGCGCCUCUGGCAAACCAGCUUUUGAGUGCUCGGGGCAGAACCACCGCCUAGUAAAUCUCACUUCUGCCGUUGACAGCAAGUACUUGCUGCUCCCUGAGCUCAGGCACAUCAGUUCAGUUGAACCCUUCGUUAUCGUAACAACAGCCUUUGAGAAAAAAUCUCCACACUCUGGUCGGCCAACAACUCGCCAACGAAGAUCAGUAGAAGAGGAAAAAGUUCUUCUCCCUAGUCGAGUGACAUACACGUAUCCUUUCGGUGACAAUCGCGCAGACGUUUACUUCAGGCGCUCAGGUCAGCGACAGUCCACCAUCUCAUGUGCCGUUCCCAAAGCACAGUCCACUGAUCACCGUCGGAGCAAUCUUGAUUUCACGGUCAUUUGUGCUAGGGUUAUUUGUCACUUGAACAAGUUACUACGCGCUGACGCAGUGCGUGUGACUCUGACCGGAUGGCUCUGGACUCCCACCUUUUUCAAGCAUCAGCUUCCAGACGUCAAGUUUGUAACCAGACUUAGUCUGCUGGAGUGGGGUGAGCCACCCCAAGUCCUUCGCUUCUAUCCGUCCGCUCGUCUUGACUUUCCUGAUGAUCCACCUGCAUACGAGUUACCACAAGCGGUUGUAUUUCGCGGUGUCACCGGCAAGUACCUCUCCCACAUUCCUCUUUGGCCAAUCAUCGUAGGAGUUGUUCUAGGCAGCAUUCUUCUCUUCAGUUUGAUCGCCUCCCUUUACUGUUGUGGCUUUUUCCGUCGACGACAAAAAACAAAAGAAGCAAAACGAAAGUCAAUGAUGGCAGCCAGUGCUGCAAAAGGCAGACAACCUAUACACAAAAAUGACGACCAUCCGGCGGCUUUUCUACUAGACAAGGGAACGAACGCAAAAGAUGUCUCAUCGAAUGGAAGGAAUGCGGACAUUUACACAGCAAAUCCGAUGCAUGCUGGAAGUCCUGACUUGCUCUACGCCCCUGAACCCCAACCACCAACGCCACCGCCUGCAGAGAACCCAAUUGGAGGCAGUCGGGACUCUGAAUGGAUGGGAGAAGGUCCAAAGAACGGGAGUGUGCGAGAACCCCAAGAAGAAGUCGAUCAACCAGGAAUUGAACAAAUUUUGGCAGACAAAGACGACAACCGUGAUCCUCAUGACCCUUCACCUUCAUCGAGUUCCGGUCUGCCAGAUUGGUUAAUGAGCGAAAUAAAGGCGAAUGAAGCCAAAAGUAAAAAAUCUAAAUCCUCUAAGAGUGAUUCCUAA